GCAGGUGUUCUUCUCUCAAAGUGAGAGAUUCUGAGAUUUUCUGAUGGAUCAUUCAUGUGGUUCAUGUAAAGUUGAAACGUUUACAGAAGUUUCAUUUUUCCUCUCUAAGAGUUCCCCAACACUAGGUACUCCAGCUUGAGGAGUUUCAAUGGAAGCUUUUGGUUUGCUUGAUAACAUAGAUGAUAACCAAAGAUGCCACCAGAAGUACUGAAGCUGCUGAAACUCCAGUGAUAAUAACUGUGUUACUCAGUCAAAUUUCUUUGACUUCAGCAUUCUGUGACUCUAUUUCAAUGUCAAGAUUGCUGAUUUUUAAUUCUGUGGCAAUUUCUUCAGCUCCUUUUGAUACUGUCUCCAAUAUUUCUUCCUCUCCAGCUCGUUCCUGAGAGAUUUUUUCGACCUGCUCAACCUUGUUGUCAGCAUCUUCUGCUUGCUCAAAUUUGUAGAUUGAAUGAGCAGCACAAGUACUUGAAAUGUCAUCAAGCAAUGGUUCAAGGUUGAGUGGUAUCUGAUAGAUAAUAGGAUCCUUCUUAUCAAGAAAGAACUUGGUCCUUCUGCAGCUGCUCAUCAGAACCUUCAACUUCUUCCUCAUUCACUUCAUUGGAACUAGUAACUUCACCAGCAGCUGUUGACAUGGUCUCCUCCUCUUCAUCACACUGACUAACUUCAACCUCUGUGCUGUCCUGGUCAGCAAUAUCAAUAUCUGCACUUAGUCCUUCCUGUGGCUCAGUUGUCUUUUCCAGUUCAGCAUUUUCCACUUCCAACAACCCCAUUAAGUUCGACCGCAUUAAGUUCAUAAGUAGUCUCUUUUUGACUCAACUCAAGAAAACCAGUUUGAGAAUACUCUGGCUGAUCCACAUAUACACCUUCACUCCCGUAAAUUUCGUGUAAACCAGCUUCAAAGAUGUUCUUGCGAAUCUUGUUGCCAGUAUCUGAAGUCAUUAUCGAGUUUGUGGAAGAUAAAUUUGCUCCUGACAGAAAGAAAACAACCAAUAUAAGCAGAAGUUUGAAAACACCUUUCAAAUUCCAUUCCUGAUCCACAACCUCCUCUUCCAUUUCUUCUUCAUCAUCCUCAACACUAUCCACCGCAUCUUCAUCAUUCUUCGUCUCCAUGUUAUGUUUUUCAGGCAUAUGAGGAAUCUUCAGCUUGCUGCAAUGGCUCUUGAUUAUCAUUACAUUUCUGAGGGUCAAGAAAUGUCUCACUUCGUCUGUUUGGUUUGUAGCAUAGAUACUUAGGCCUAGGGCAGAGGUCAUUAGUGAGAGAGUCAUAUGGCUUAUAUGAGGACUCAACAACAGAGUUGUUUUCUUGAUCAACUCUAGGAAGAACUGGGUAAUUUUCCAGAACGAUGAGAGGGUGAGUUUAGGGAUUUUGUUUUAGACCCAAGAUUUGAGGCUUUGUGAGAAAGGCUUUCACAUGAGCUGGAAAUUUCAUUCCUUUCUGCCAAAAUUUUCUUUCUAAUUGGAACUGAAGCUUUGGAAGAUGCAGAUAUGGUGGGUGACAUGAAAUUCUUAGUCAUGGGUUUCUGGUCAAGUGGUUGCUCCUUUUCAUUCGUUUCUCUUGACCCAGAAAGCGAGUGAUUUGGAACUGUAGAAGGCUUAGGUGAGCUCAAUGGUGAAGUUUCUUACCGUGGAGUAGCACCCAUAUCUAUAUUUCCUCAAAUCAUGAUUUCAGAAAUUCCUCUUUUUUUGAAAGUUUUGGUAUAUAUGAACAAUGAGGGAACAACCUUAUUCUCCGUUGUAAUCUCUAGAGCUAGCUUAUCCUUAAUUCUCCAUUGACACACCUUAGCUCCUACCGUAUAUUGUAUUUAAUCAAAGCAAUUUUGUCUAUCACAAGGAACACCAAAUCAAACCUAGUUCACUCAUUUAUGAAGCGGAUUAAAUGGAAUUCUGGGUAUGUUGUUGUAUAAGAAAGAAUAAUAAAAAAAAUUUGAAUACUGAUUCUUUGUUCGUAAAAUAUAUGCUAGUUGGAUGAAGGAUUGAUGAUUUUUGUAGUUUUAAGUUCACAAUUGCUCAAAUAUAAGGAGAUUUUAAGAAGUUAACAAAAAUGAUGUUCUGAAGCAUGAUAGUAGUAAUGCAUAGGGUGAUCAAAAGGAGAAGGUUUCCUGUUUACUGUUUGAUAAUACAUUUGCUGCAUUAUGUCAUGAUUGAAGUUUGGGGGCAAUAUGACACCUACAUAUAGGGUUGUUGUACAAUGAAAAUGUAGAUUUUUCCUUCAUCGUAGUUUUACACGUUCUCUUUUCUCUUUUCAGCUUUUCUCCUUCACUUCUUUCGCUUCCUCUGUGUGUAUUAUCCAUUGCACUUCUUGGUGUUGUUAUUUUCUGCUGCGCUGUAUGAUGGAAAACCAGUCGCUUUGUGAUGAUAACAUGAAGGAGGAGGAGGAAGCAGAGUAUGUAUUGCUUGAUCUGGAUGGCCUUCCUCCUGAAGUUCACAUACCCCCAAAUGCACCAUAUGUUCUCUCGGGCCUAGACACAUUGAACCCCAUCUUGACCAUUGAUGGCAAAAUCAAGCUGAUUGGACAGUAUGAUGAGACUAUUGGGACAUGCCUUGUUUUUAAUGAAAGUGAUGACCCUCCGGUAGUCCCUGAAGAGGCGGGGCCUUCUGAAGCUAACCUUUUCCCAGGAAGACACAUGUCAGAUCCUAAGCAAACCAAGUCCAAGCAAAUCAUGCCUGUAACACAGCUUCAAAAGAUACUCAAGUUCAGGUUGUUGGAGGAUUGUAAGUGA